ACACGGGGAAGCUCAUUUAAAGCGGACCCUGGCUGUAUCAACUGCCAAAAUGCUCUUGAUCCGUUUCAAAGUUCCAAGUAAAUAUGAAAAUUCAUGCUGAUUCAACGCGGCCAUGCCUUGUCAAGUCCCCGUCUAAAAGCACAACCCCAGAGGGCCAGAUGUGAAGAGCCAUGUAGCGGCGUCCCUCCCUCCCACCUGCCCAGCCUGAUGACGCCACUACCCAGUGAUGGCCACACAACCAGACCCAUCUGAAGAUUCAGUUGAUGGCCUGGUGGACAGCGUUGAUGUGCUGAGCUCGGUGGAGAGGGUCAUCCUCACCAUCUUCCUGGUGGUCAUCAUCAUCAUGACGGUCCUCGGGAACCUGCUGGUGAUGGUGGCGCUCUGCAAGGACAGGCAGCUACGGAAAAAGAAGACCAAUUACUUCAUUGUGUCGCUGGCUUUUGCGGAUCUCCUGGUGGCUCUGCUGGUCAUGCCCUUUGCUGCCAUGGAGUUGACCACGGGCCAGUGGAGGUACGGGGAGACCUUCUGCCUGGUCAGGACCUCCCUGGAUGUGCUGCUCACCACAGCAUCCAUACUGCACUUGUGCUGCAUCGCAUUGGACAGGUAUUAUGCCAUUUGCUGUCAGCCACUGGUGUACAGGAACAAAAUGACCCCGCUGCGAGUGAGCCUGAUGCUGGGAGGAUGCUGGGUGAUCCCCUCCUUCAUCUCCUUCCUACCCAUCAUGCAGAGCUGGAACACCAUUGGCAUCGAGGACAUUAUCGAGCAGCGGAAGUUCAGCAGCACCACCAACGAGACCUACUGUGUGUUCCUGGUAAACCGGCCGUACGCCCUUAUCUGCUCGGCGGUGGCCUUCUACGUGCCCCUGGGCCUCAUGGUGCUGGCCUACCAGCGCAUCUACGUGACGGCCAUGGAGCACGCGCGGCAGAUCGGCACCUUGCAGCGCGCCGGCUCCGCCCCGGAGCACCUCAGCGGUAGUGGGGGUGGAGGUUGCGGUGGCUGUGGAGGUGGCACCGGUGGCAGCGGCGGCGGUACUCCGGAACCGCACGGCUCCAGCCGCAUGAAGAUCGAGACCAAGGCAGCCAAGACGCUGGCCGUCAUCAUGGGCUGCUUCUGCCUGUGCUGGGCGCCGUUCUUCGUCACCAACGUGGUGGACCCCUUCAUCCAGUACUCGGUGCCGUGGCAGAUGUGGACGGCCUGGCUGUGGCUGGGCUACGUGAACUCGGGCCUCAACCCCUUCCUGUACGCCUUCCUGAACCGGGCCUUCCGCCGGGCGUUCCUCAUGAUCCUGUGCUGCGGGGACGAGCGCUACGUGCGCCAGAGCAGCUACGGGCCGUCCAGGCCGCACUCGGGCUCCGCCAACGGCACCACCAUCGCUCUCAGGAACACAUGUUAUGAGGUGCCGUUGCCAACUCUGCAGCAGCUCCUGAAAAACGGUUACAGCGGAAACCCCCAUGGCAACAGGAUGCCUAGAUUAUCCCUCCUCCCCAACCGGAGCUACAGCGACAACGGGCGACGCAUUCUAUCGAGUGAGCUUGAGUCCCAGGAUUCCAUGGGCAUGCUAUGACACUCAAGCGGCAAACCCGACGCUCACGCACAACACCGACAAGCACCAGUGUGGACCCCUAAUUUGUCAGCACUAGAGGAAAAGAAACAACGCACUCAACUGAGAAGAGAGGAGAGGAGCUAGUUUGAAGCUAUGAAGCUACUCGAAGACAUUAAAAAAGCACAGGCUGAAAAGACAUUGUUUUUCGUCUACCAAUGGUAUUCAAGCUACUUCAGGACCAAUUUUUACAGUGUUAUUGAGAGUUUUUGUGCGAUUACGCACAGCUAAAAACACUGCCUUGUGAAUGUAAGUCACCUUUUUAAAGACUGAACAGUGGCACGGAGGAGGCACUUCAUUUUUAAGAGCUCUAAACAGGCUCACAUUUUGAAUCUGUGUUCUUUUUCUCUGGUCCAUUUUCAUAUGUUCUGUACAGAUGUUGAAAACGUUUGCCGUGCUGACCAGAGGUCACAAUCAGUAUCAAACUGAAUAAGUGUCUUUUCACAUUCAAUGUCCAAGAAAAACCACAGGUGUGUCCUUCAUAUGGGAGCAGGGAAGCUGACAGGGGGCAAGUUGUCCCGGGCCCAGUUAGAAAGGGGACUCAGAAUUGGGUCCUUGUUGCAUUGUAUGUGUAUUGGGUGGGGAGGGGACCCUUUAAGAUGACUUUGUCCUGGGCCCUGCCAAAGCCUUCAGUGGCCCUACAUGGGAGGAUGCAGUGAAAAUGGUCUACAAAAGAUUUUUAUUUAUUUCAAACGUGCAAAUUUGUGCUUCGGGACUCGGGAGCAAUAACUUGUUGCUAUGUGACAAACUUUUUGUAUUGUUUUUCCCCCCCUCCUUGCACUUUUGCCCUGAAUUAGUCCUUUGGUCUAAUGUGCAUUGAAUUGUUCACGUGUCACAACACUUAAGCCAUUUGAAAAGGUGUUUGGCUACUCCUAGUUAUUGAGGUCAUGGUUUCCACCACCAUUGACAGCUUUUCUUCCCCCUCUCUCCAUUUCAGCCUGGGUUUUGACGAAGAAUACACCAUUGUGGCUCUUUGUAAUGUAAACAGCUUUACGCCAUUCAGAGCUGUGUGAUUCAUUAAUCUAAUGUUCAUUGUCGUCCUGAAAGCAUUAUACCAUAAGAGCACCAUUAUACUAUUGUUUGUACAAGGCAGUCAGGCAUGAAAGUCUUUUCACUCAAUUAAAAAAGAAAAAAGGCAAACCCAGUAACAAACGACCAGUAUUCUUGUUCUCCACACAGGAUUGGACUGGGACAAAUAAGGUACAGGCGUUUUCGUCUGCUCCCCUUCAAAUUGUGAACCAGAUAAUUGGUAACGCAUUACUUUACGGUACAGUAAUUACUGUGUACUUUCUGCUUAACAACAGGGCAACAAAUAAGUUACAUGGUAUCUAAUGGGUAAAAAGGGGGUAAUUACAAAGUGCAUACCAUGUAAUACACAUAGCCCAAGAAUUACUAUGAAACUACUGCAUAUUUUCUGA